GAGAAGCACAAGCACCAUUUUACCUUAGGAAUUGUGUGUUCUCUCUCUCUCUCUCUCUCUCUGUGUGUGCUGAUGUCACUGUCUUUAUUGCUGUUAAAAACUCUUCUAUAUACUUUGUACUCACAGUUGUAGAGACAGAGAAAGAGAGAACAAACGAGGUGCCUCUGUUUCGAGCUUGUAGAAACCUUCUAAGUUCAACAAGUCAGAAAAAAAAAAAAAACAGCCUUUGCCCUUAGCUCAGAUAACUGAUUUGCUUAGCCAUGAACAACAGUGUUCCUGAUUGGAAUUUUGGGAGUGAUUCCUGCAUCACCAACAAUCAAAAGAAGCCUAUGGGGGUGGACCAAGAACUUGUGGAGCUUCUGUGGCAAAAUGGUCAGGUAGUGUUGCACAGCCAAACACAUAGAAAACCAGUAGUGAAUUCGAUCACACCGAGACCUCUUCAGAGGGCUUUUCAAUCAACAUUAAGGACUAGUGAGCCAUUUGGGAACUCAAGUAACUUGAUUCAAGAUGAUGAGACAGUCUCAUGGAUCCAAUACCCUCUUGAGGAUCCAUUGGAACAAGAAUUCUGUUCAAACCUUUUAUCUGAACUGCCACAGUGUGAUGUUGAGUCCUAUAAGCAAAUCAAGCCAUUUGAAGAGGCAAAGUUUACCAAAUUGGAUGCUUCUGGUGCCCCCCAUGUGCUUGUAAGUUCACAAUCACCUACUAUGAAAUCCUCCUCUUUUCAGGAACUCUCAGGAAUUCCUAUACCUGCUCCAAGAUUCCAUGUUUCUGAUUCACCUCAGAAAAAUAAUAAUGACUUGGGUGGUGGACCAUGUAAGGUUCAAAACUUCUCUCACUUUUCACCUACCCUUAAUGUUUCUUCAGCAUUGCCUAAUGGGCGUUUUAGAGACAAAAUCACUGGUAACAUGUCAAAAAAUGAGGUUAGAGAGUGCUCAUUGAUGACAGUUGGAUCAAGUUACUGUGGUAGCAAUCACAUGACCCAAGAUCCAGAUGCUAGCAGGGCAUCAAGCAAUGGUGUUUGGACUACUACUUUAUCUGUUGACCCUGAAGCUGUCAGAGAUGAUGUGCCAAGAACAAUUCCUCUGAGUGAGAAAGGGAAAUCAGAGAUGCUUGAACCAACUGCUACUUCGUCUUCUGGUGGCUCAGGUAGUAGUCUAGGAAAAACUUGUUCCUUAUCCACCAGAAACCAGAGCCAAAAAAGAAAAACAAUAGACGUGGAAGAAUCUGAGGAUCAUAGUGAGGACACAGAACUUAAAUCACCAGUUGGCAACAAGACAUCUCAAAGGACAGGGUCGGCUAGAAGGAACCGUGCUGCUGAAGUGCAUAAUCUAUCAGAAAGGAGAAGGAGAGAUAGGAUCAAUGAGAAGAUGAAAGCAUUGCAACAACUCAUACCUCACAGUAGCAAGACAGACAAAGCAUCAAUGUUGGAAGAGGCAAUAGAAUAUUUGAAAUCACUUCAGUUACAACUUCAGCUAAUGUGGAUGGGAUCUGGCAUGGCACCAAUGAUGUUUCCAGGAAUUCAGCACUAUAUGUCUCAAAUGGGUAUGGGAAUGGCUACUUCUCCUUUCCCUCCCAUUCAAAAUCCAAUGCAAUUACCACGAGUACCUCUUGAUCAUCCAGUAUCUUCAUCUCAGACACCAAACCAGACAUUGAUGUGUCAAAAUCCUAUUUUGGGUGCCUUUAAUUACCAAAAUCAGAUGCAAAAUCCAGCUCUUUCAGAGCAAUAUGCACGUUACAUGGGCUAUCAUCUUAUGCAAAAUGCUUCUCAGCCAAUCAAUGUAUUUAGAUAUGGUCCCCAGGCAGUACAACAUAGUCAAACAAUGAUUACACCCAGCAACAGCAGUGGAAACAUGAGUGGAGCAGCAAAUAUUGAUGAGACUGUGAGUGGCAAAAUGGGUUAAUUAGUUUAGAAGAAAGCUUAUGAGAACCUACGGCAUAACUAACAAGAUAAUUGCAAGAUGAUAGAAGCCCUUGUAUGCUUUCACAGUUCUUCCACCUUUAACUAAAUAGCAGCCAGCAUCUGAUAUAUGAUAUGAUAUGAUAUGAUAUGAUCCUUAAUUGAAGGGUUUGGCAUUGGAUGGGGGAAUCAACCCUGAUAAAGCUCCAAAUUUGUGUAGUGUGGUGGCCAUGCAAUUUGUGUUGUCUAAUGAAGAGUUUGAGAAAAUUUGUAGUAGACAGGUCCUUCAUUAUGGCCCAGUUUUGUUCUCAGCUUCUGUGUCCCAUCAGGUAGAGCAUUCUGCACUGUUUGUAGAUCUGAGAAAGUAACAUGAUAGAGCUCAUUUUUUUUUUCAAUCAUUGUGUCUCAACUCAACUUCUCAUGAGAACAACUAUUUUUCUCAAUGACAUCAACUAUGGAAUAUAUAACAUUGUGCUUCA